AUGCCCUCCUCCCGGCGACAACACCACAACCACCGCUACCCACAGCAACCUGUCGAGCCUGGCCCUACCUACGACGCAGACACAUACCUCCCACUCAGCAACGAAGAUGUCGAGGUUCUGUACACGAUCGUCACCACGGCGCAGCGCCUGCACCACCAUUCCUCGGCUGCGCCGCUACCGCCCUACCGCGCCCUCUUCACCGCGUACGACCGCGUCCUCGCCGACCGCCGCAUUGACCCGAACCAGGAUCGCGUCUACUUCCGCUUCCUGCUGCGCAUGCGCGGCAUCGACACGAGCACCGUUGGUGGCAGCGACAUUGAUGGCACGGCCACGCUGUAUGGCCGCUUCGAGACGUUGCUGGGCGAAAUGGGGAUCCAGCUGGAGGUGGACGAAGGGGGCGCGGCCGGCGUGGUUGUCGAGGAAGAGGGGGACGAGAUGGCGGUCGAGGAUGACGACGGAGACUUUGGCGACGACGAAAUCCAGGCUGUGGGAACGCCCGGUCUCCGGCCGCUGUCGAGGCGCGCAAGCUUCGACGAUACGACGUUCCAUCAUCGAAGCAGGCCGUGGGACGACAGUGAGGAUGAAGGCGAGCGGGAUGCGAUGUCGGGGAAGAGACGGACCGAAGAAAUACAGCGACCGGUGCGCGAGCCCGGAUUUUACGAUGCGGAUGACUUCAGCACCGUGCCGUCCCGACGAUCGUCCAUUUCCGGUCCGGUUCCCGAUGAACAGCACUUUGUCCCACCGGAAAUGUUGUACAGACCGUCGCCGACCCAGAUGCUGGCGGAUGCGGACACGUUUCUGUACGCAAGAACGUUGUUCACGGCACGAAGAGCACUGCACAUGUGGCGUGACCAGGCCAUGGCACUGCGUGAACGAGAGGCCCAGAUGGAAGAAGCUGCGGAUCUUUUCAAUAAGAAAAAGCGCGCCGAUGCUGCGUUUGAGUCCCUGAGCGUUACCGUAAAGGCACGGCGAGCCGAACGGGAGACGGAGAGGUUCUACGAGCAUAACUAUCAGCGUGUUGCAAGGGCCUAUCAAAGGUUCACAUUGUGGAGAGCCCUCUCCCACUGGCAUGGCAGCACUCUGAGAGCCAUUGCGUUGACAAAUCAAGCUCGUGAGCAAGUUCUCAAGCAGAGGUUGUUCAACGCUUGGUUCGAACAGACCGCAAUCCAACACGAGAAAGUACGCCGGUUCACCCUCAAGAGGGGUUUCAAAACAUGGCAGAAGAGGUAUCAUGCCAUCAAGGAAAACGAAGACGUGGCUGAGACUGCGCACGCAACGAACGUCAUCCAAAAAAGUUUGAUGGCUUGUUAUUGGGAGUUCACAGAGCGGAGAGCUUCCCAGAUAUACGACCAAAACCUUUUGCCAAAGGUGUGGAUGAUUCUAGUCGACAGGCUGCUCUUCAUAAAAGAUAGGGAGGAGGCUGUCGCCUUAAUGGUCAAUCGGGAUAUCAAGAGCAAAGCGUUUCAUUCCAUCGCGAACAAGAUGUUCAAUCUUCAAACGCUGGAACCCGCCGCAGACAAUUUCCGGCAGCAGAAGCUCUUGGCACAGGCUUUUGGCAAUGUCAAGGUGCGAGCGAAGCUCCAGCCGCUGGAGAGGCAAUUGUCGCAACGGGUCGUGCGGUCUCGCGCCAAAGAGAUCUUCGAUGUCUGGCAUGUGCGUGCCGAACAAUCGGUGAUGGCUACCAAACUCGACCGCCAACGCAUCUUGGGCAAUGCUUUCACUGCAUGGAACGACAAUCUGCGCUGCUCUGCGCUCAGAGCACGUAUAGAUAAACGUGUCAUGCUUGAAGCACUUCGCAAAUUGUUACUCGAGGCUCGAACCGCGCUUUUCAUUCGAGUUCGGGAAGCGAGAACAAAAGAGCGAAUUUUACGACAGUGGUCUGGGAUGGUUAAAGAUCAGAAUGCGCGCCUGGCACGGACGGAGCGCAUGUUCAUUACCUACCAGGAUACCCGGUCGAAGCGGAAGACUCUUAGUCAUCUCCGUAACGUCCUUGAAGGCCGGAAGGACCGCGAGGCUCAAGCUCUGGCGCUCUACGAGCCUCGUCUCCUAAAGAAGACGUGGCCAAAGUUGGUAGAGCGACACAAGCAUCUUCAACAACUCGAGCAGUGGGGAUCGGACGCGCAGUUCUACACCGUUGCGACCCACGCUUUGAAGAGGUGGAAGGAAAGCACGCAUCAAGCGCACAAGAUACGGAGGCGUGAGGCGUAUGUUACUAUCAGACGUCGCACCAAGCUGUCUAUGGCGAGACGUGCAUUCGAAAGAUGGCGGGGCAAGGCCUUGACCGUCGAAUUCAUGGAGCGUCAGGCCCAGGAACUACAGGAGAAUGCCAUACUCGGGAUUGCGACGCGGCAGCUGGAUCAGUGGCAUGACAGAGCAGCAUCUGUCGCUGAGAUGGCGGUGACUGCGAACAAUUUCCGUGAGCGGAAGCUUGCCACACGUGUUCUGGAUGUCUGGGUUGCCAAGCUGCAGACAAUCGCUCGAGAUGAGGAGAAGGCUGCGGCUUUCUUGGAAGUGCACGUCGCAACUGAGGCAAGUGGUUGUCUGAAGAAGCUUAAUUGGCGCCUUUUCCAAGUUCAGCGGCAACAACAGUCUGGCUAUGCUUUGGCCGAGCGUAACUUUGAGAAGCAUGUCAAGAUUAUCCUGAGACAUUGGUCGGAGCGGAUGCAUCAAGGACGGCAAGAUCUCGAAAUCGAGCCAGCGCCGAUCUUUGAUGAUGGAGAGAACCAGCAGAUCGCGCUUGACCAGCAACACGAAGAGAUGUCCGAUCUCACGGGCGAGAGAGAACCAGAGAAUGAAGCUAAUGUUGCUCGUAAUGAGCGAUGGACUCCGUUUGAUUCCUCAGCGCUCGACGUCGGUGAUCUCAAGCUGAACCUCAACUUCGAUCCUAACGUCCUGAACCGUCCUGUACUCCAACCAAGACCACCGGCCCGCUCCUUCUCACCCGAGAGGCCCAAUCCGUUCGCCAUGACGAUCAGAAACCCCGACGCUGCCUUCGCCCCACCCGUCGCAUCCACCCCGGUGCCUGCUUACCUGCGCUCGCCGUCCAAACGCAGCACCGUCAGGGCGGCAAAGGCUCGCGAGAGGCUGGCAGCUCUUUCGCUCAACGCAACCGACAGCCACCGGCCCCCUCACCCGCUGUCCCAAAACAUUGUCACCGCCGCGCCCGUCGCCGUGCCCCCAGUCACAACAUCCUUCUCUUCCUCCGCCGCGGCGCAUUCCUCGACCGCUGCGGGCGGCGCGCCGUCUUACUCGGCCUCCACCUUCGCCCUCAACACCAACACGGGCAGCACGACGCCGAUGGCCGCCCCCACCGGCUUCGGCAACACCUUCGGCGGCGGCACCAGAGCGCCCGGCACCGCGCCGCCGGCCAUAAUGACCAAGGCGGCAGCGCCCGGUGUUGUCGCUGACGAGAAGAACGACCGCGACAACGACGAUGCCACGGCGUUCGUCGUCCCGAAUGACGAUGGCAGCGGCGGCGGGAAUGCUGGACGAGCGACACCGAGGCGCAAUUUCGGCGCCAGCACCAUGCUCGCGGCGACGCCAGGCCGUGCCGCUGCCGGGAAGACGGCUAUCACGCCGUUCGCGCGGAAGCUGACAGCGCAGGGGUACUCCACCGGGAAAAGCAGUGGUGGCGGCGGUGGUGGUGGCGCCGACAGCGUGAGGGGGAGGGCGAGAGCGGCGUAUGGGGGCGUGGGGUUGGGUCUGGCGUCGUCGGGGAUGAGGUUUGGCGGGUUUGAGGAUAUCAGGGAGGAUGAGAGUCCGCGGGUGGUGGAGGGGGAGGAGGAGGAAGGCGCUGGACGUGGGAGUAGGGAGAGUUCGCCGUGA